CCACCCGCAUACCAAGAUGGAUUACAUCAACAAGGCCAUUGGUUCCCACCACCCAGGUGGGCAGCAGCAGCCGCCGCAGGGGCAACAGGCCCAGCCGUCCGGCUCGGGUAACCUGAUGGGUCGGCUGCAGGGCAUGGCCGGCGGCGGACCGCAGGGCGAGAAGCAUGAGGACGCGCUGGACAAAGGCAUCGAUUGGGUGCAGGAGCAUGUGUUCAAGCAGGGCCCGCAGAGCAACGAGAGCGCGGCCGAGCAGGCCAAGGACAAGUUCAUCGCCCAGAAUGUCCGCGAGCAGUACCAGAAGGCGACGGGCAAGGAGUUUCCCGUCAAGGAGAAGAGGGGCUGAGAAGGAGGGCUGGAGAGAAGAAGCUUGAACUGUUCUGGUUUGAAAUUCCAACGACAAUUGGGAGGUGGGCCUUUAGAGCUUCGUUCUCCUGUUGUAUCCAAGCCAAUUCGAAGUCCUUUUCGUCUAUCGUCUGCUUCAUCUUCCGACAUAAGAGCUGUCGUAUACAGUGACCUUGUUGUCGGAUGGCCAAGCUCUCAAGGUUGCCCUGGAGGUCUGACUUCUUACGAUUCGGGCUCCUGAUCUACAACAGCAGACUGGCUAGUUGACCCGGAUGCCAGUAGGGUCUGAAAAAUUGUGGGUGAAAGUGCGUUGUUCUGUCUAAGAUGCAGUGGCCAUGCCAGGCGCCACAAAUGCCAUACAAGGGCCCAUCACGGAUACCGAAGCUCCUUCCUUCAGGUCCAUGGACGUACUAUGUAGGUAGUUGAUCAAUCUGCGCCCAGUCAGUGGGGAGAAC